CUUUUAUUUCUUGAUCUAAAAGCUCAACAACUUCGGUAGAUAAAUCUCUUUCUUGUGAAAUCGUCGCAGAAUCCUUCAACAAAAUUUAAGAAAAAAUGACGCAGGUAUGGCCACUGGCAUUCGGCUUUGCUGUGAUCGUCUUCUCCGGCGUCGGGGCGUCGGCCUACACGAGGCCACCGCCAGGCAGAAUUCUCACUGUGAAAAGUUCCGAGUCCGAUUCCCAACCUCAGCAGGUGCGUAUUUCCAUAGCGAAUUCGGAUCAAAUGAGGAUUUCAUGGAUCACGAAAGACAAGAACCUUCCCUCGCUUGUUGAAUACGGGAAAACACCAGGUGUUUAUGAUAGUUCAGCCUCCGGCGAGAGCACCUCGUAUCGCUUCUUCUUCUACACCUCCGGCAAUAUCCACCACGUCGAGAUCGGCCCAUUGGAUGCCAACACCACCUACUAUUAUCGCUGUGGCGGCGUUGGCGGGGAGUUCACCUUCAAAACCCCGCCUUCAACUCUUCCUAUCGAGUUCGUGCUCAUAGGGGACUUGGGCCAAACCGAGUGGACAGCCUCCACCCUCUCGCACAUAAACUAUUCAGACUACGACAUUCUCCUCCUCGCCGGCGACCUCUCCUACGCCGACUCCCAACAACCACUCUGGGACUCCUUCGCCCUCCUCGUACAACCGCAAGCCUCCCGCCGGCCAUGGAUGGUCACCCAAGGCAACCACGAGAUCGAAUCCCUUUUCCCCAUCUUCCGCAUCCACCCCUUCGCCGCCUACAACGCCCGUUGGCGCAUGCCAUUUGAACAGAGCUCCUCCACCUCCAACCUCUUUUACUCCUUCGAUGCAGCCGGCGGUGAAGCUCACGUGCUCAUGCUCGGCUCCUAUGCUGAAUAUGGCGUUAAGUCCCAACAAUACAAGUGGUUGAAGGCAGAUCUAGCAAUGCUUGACAGGAGGAAGACGCCCUGGCUUUUGGCGAUUGUUCAUGCGCCGUGGUAUAACACGAACGACGCGCACCAGAGGGAGGGAGAGGGAAUGAGGAAGAAUGUCGAGAAGCUCCUCUUUGAUGCGAAGGUCGACAUUGUCUUCGGCGGCCAUGUUCACGCCUACGAGCGAUUUACGAGAAUAUACGACAACGCGGCAAAUCCUUGCGGUCCUAUAUACAUAACCAUUGGGGAUGGAGGAAACAGAGAAGGCCUUGCCUACAACUUUAACGAAAAACACAGCUCUGCCAAUCUCUCCGUAUUUAGAGAAGCAAGCUUCGGCCAUGGAAGACUUAAAGUAUUGGAUAAGAAGCGAGCUCAUUGGACUUGGCAUCGUAACAAUAAUUCUAAUCCGGAUGUGGGAGAUGAGCUAUGGAUAGAGAGUUUGAGCUCCUCAGCUUCGUGCAUGACUGUACAGAGUUAUGCAACUCAUUACAAUGAUGAUGAGCUAUAGAGUUGUUAUAAGUUUUGUGGUUUUUGUUUUUGUUUAACUUUUUUAGUUAUUUGUUGGGAUAAUCCCUUUAAUAAGAUAUUUCAGAGGUUCUGUACUUCAUUU